GAUGCAGGCUACGCUGGAUGAACUGCCUUCUGCGCUGGGGUCCAGCCCGCCUGCAAAGACAUCUCACGCCUCGCAGAAAAGCAAGAAGGCAAAAGAGCUCUGCAAGCGCUCCGGAGAUCAGAUGAUCAUUGAUGCCGGUCAGAAGCAUUUUGGUGCCAUCGUUUGCAAGUCGUGCGGCAUGAUCUACACGGCUGCGAGCCCGGAGGAUGAAGCCCAGCACAUCCAGCACCACGAGCGAUUCCUGGAGGGGCUCAGAUACAUGGGUUGGAAGAAAGAACGAGUUGUGGCAGAGUUCUGGGAUGGGAAAAUUGUAUUGAUUCUUCCAAAUGACCCAAAAUACGCCGUCAAGAAGGCAGAAGACGUGCGAGAAAUUGUAGAUAAUGAAUUGGGAUUUAAGCAAGUUUCUUUGAGCUGCCCAGCCAAGACUAAAAUAUACCUCUUUGUGUCCAACGAGAAGAUGAUUGUUGGGUGCUUAGUGGCUGAAUCGAUCAAGCAGGCUUUCCGGGUGCUGUCUGAGCCAGGAACCGCACCGGCCCUCAGCCAGGACCCCCUGCAGCAGCACCGGGCCUGGCGCUGCUCCACAGAGCCGGAGCCCGCCAUCUGCGGCGUCAGCAGGAUCUGGGUGUUCGGCCCAAGGCGCAGGAAGGGCAUUGCCCGGCGCAUGGUGGACGUGGUCAGGAGCACCUUCAUGUACGGCUGCUACCUGAGCACCGAGGAGCUCGCCUUCUCCGACCCGACGCCGGACGGCAAGCUCUUCGCCUCCAAAUACUGCCAAACCCCCAGCUUCCUCGUUUACAAUUUUGUUUAUAGCAACUGA